GGAACAAAGCAAAGUGCUAAUUACUCGUUUUCCAUUCUCACUCCACAAAAUCCACCGCUCUCUCUCGCUCUCCCUAUGUGAAGCCGUCUUUGAUUUAUCUUUCCGGCGACGUUUUUCGACUUCCGAGAGCAGGUUUUUGAGGUGUUCUACUGUGGUUUCAUGCGCCAAAAGAUCUAACCGGAGUGUCUUUGUGCGGUGCUUAGUUAGUAGUUAUGGGGAAUGCUUGUUGUGUUGCUUCUCGAGACAAAAUGGUAGAGCCUAAUACAUCAGCAGUCGAGAAUUUGCAAAGAAACAAUGCGAGGUAUUCUCCAAAUUGGAGUUUUCGGUGGGAUAAUAGAAGGCGAGUGGCCGGAGAAGAUACGUCUCUAAGUUGGUUAUCUGAUGGGAUUAGUCGUAACGAUGGGUCUGAUGUCAAAUCCGAAUCUGCAUUUGUAUCAUCAGAAGGUUCCCCUCUGAACAAUUUCCAGACCCUGUCGUGGCACAAGUCUCCUGCUUCGGAUCAAUCUUUUUCAGGAAUUGCAUCCAUUGACACCGUCUCUGAACAGAUCGCCCAGAACCCUGCUUCUUAUCGAUCUCCUGCAAAACGGUCUCUGUCAUUGGCUUCUCAACCAUCAUCCUUCUCGACAUCACCACUAUCGUCCCAUAGCCACUUGCCAAUGCCACUUGCAAGUUCAUCGACACUGAAGUUGACACCACGCGCUCGUCUAUCAAAGCAAGUCUCAGAUGGUCAAAUAUUUGGAUUUACAUCACCGAGCAGAAGCUCAGCAACUGAAGAGAGGCUGGGAAAUGAAUCUCAUUCUGGGCCAUCUGACGGUUGGUCCAUGCAAGCCUUCUCCGAAAUGAUGGCUUAUUCUCGCAGAGAGUCUUGCUCUUAUGACAACGAAUGCUUAGGGCUUCGACGUGACAAGAUAGACCAUCUAGGAAACCGAAAGUCCAAUGAUCAGCCAACCUGUGGUGCUUGCUCUAGAUCCUUGGCUCAGAAAUCGUUGUUGAGUAGCCAAAAGAUCUUUGCCACUAACGAGCUCUCUGUUGCUGCGAUUCUGGCUUGUGGGCAUGCCUAUCAUUCUGAAUGUUUAGAACAGAUGACACCUGAAAUUGACAAAUUCGACCCUCCAUGUCCCGUCUGCACAUUGGGUGAGAAAAAAACACUCAAGCUGUCGGAGAAAGCAUUAAGGGCAGAUUUGGAUUUGAGAGCUAAACACAACAAGAGACUAAGAAACCGGGUUGUGGACAGCGAUGACUUUGUCAUGUUUGAUCACAGCCACAAGGCAGGAGCAGCAGUAGCAAGCGGUACUGGACACAAAGGUAAAGUCCCGAAGCUGGUGUCGAGUUCAAGCUUAAGAAGUUAUUCCCCAAAGCCAUUUCUUGCACGACACUUCUCUUUCGGGUCCAGAAGCAAUAGUCUUAAAUCCCCGAAAGAGAACCAUUCUGCCGUCUCUUUAAGGAAGAAAGGCUUCUUUUGGACCAAAUUUACCAAAGUUUGAAACUAUUCGCAGCUAGGGCCGAAGUCAACGUUGCGGAUACUUACCAACUUUACACAUCUCUUUGUGUAUGUUAUAGAAUGUCUCACAAGUCUUCUACAAAAUCUUUCUUCUUUGACGUAAAAAAAAAAAAAGAAACUUUCUUUCUUUUUCCUUUUUUUUUGUUUGUGCACUCCCAAAUUUUCACACUUGUAAAUAUAAUAAUUUUAAUGUAUAAGGAAAAAUGGAUCUGGCUUUCGAGGCUGUACAUUGGGUUUAUUGAAUCGAUGGGUUUUGCUCU